CCUUGCUCUCCGUACUGCGUUAGCCGAGGGGGAGGGCGGAGCUGCCGGCGGCCCGGGCGGGCUGGCAGCUAGAGUGGGUGCGAGAGCCGCCUCCGCCUCUGCCGCCUCCGCCGUCGCCUCCUCCGCCCGGGCCGUUCGCUGCUGCGUGGGGAGAGCGAGGCGGGUCCGCCGGGUCCGCCAUGGAGCCCGACUCGGUGAUUGAGGACAAGACCAUCGAGCUUAUGUGUUCUGUGCCAAGGUCUUUGUGGCUAGGCUGCGCCAACCUGGUAGAGAGCAUGUGCGCACUGAGUUGCCUGCAGAGCAUGCCCAGUGUCAGAUGUCUCCAGAACACUUCAGUUAUGGAAGAUCAAAAUGAAGAUGAGUCCCCCAAGAAAAAUACUCUUUGGCAGAUAAGUAAUGGAACGUCAUCUGUGAUUGUCUCCAGAAAGAGGCCAUCAGAAGGAAACUAUCAAAAAGAAAAGGACUUGUGUAUUAAAUAUUUUGACCAGUGGUCUGAAUCAGAUCAAGUGGAAUUUGUGGAGCAUCUUAUUUCACGAAUGUGUCAUUACCAGCAUGGACAUAUUAACUCUUACCUGAAGCCCAUGUUGCAGCGGGACUUUAUCACUGCGUUACCAGAGCAAGGCUUAGAUCACAUAGCAGAAAACAUUCUUUCCUACCUGGACGCCAGAUCUCUGUGUGCAGCAGAGCUGGUCUGUAAAGAAUGGCAGCGAGUGAUCUCAGAAGGCAUGCUUUGGAAGAAGCUGAUUGAACGAAUGGUACGCACUGAUCCUCUCUGGAAAGGACUUUCAGAAAGAAGAGGGUGGGACCAGUACCUGUUUAAAAACAGACCCACAGAUGGCCCUCCCAAUUCAUUUUAUAGAUCGUUAUACCCAAAGAUUAUUCAGGACAUAGAGACUAUAGAAUCUAACUGGCGGUGUGGACGACACAACUUGCAGAGGAUUCAGUGCCGCUCUGAAAAUAGUAAAGGUGUCUACUGUUUACAAUAUGAUGAUGAAAAAAUUAUCAGUGGCUUACGAGAUAACUCUAUUAAGAUCUGGGAUAAAACUAGCCUGGAGUGUUUGAAGGUGUUAACAGGGCACACAGGCUCUGUCCUCUGUCUGCAGUAUGAUGAACGUGUCAUUGUAACUGGCUCUUCAGAUUCCACAGUGAGAGUCUGGGAUGUGAACACAGGUGAAGUUCUGAACACAUUGAUCCAUCACAAUGAGGCUGUGCUACACUUACGCUUCAGCAAUGGACUGAUGGUCACUUGUUCCAAGGACCGCUCCAUUGCUGUAUGGGAUAUGGCUUCUGCCACCGAUAUCACUCUACGCCGAGUCCUGGUUGGCCACCGUGCUGCUGUCAAUGUAGUAGACUUUGACGAUAAGUACAUUGUGUCUGCCUCUGGCGACAGGACCAUCAAAGUCUGGAGCACGAGCACCUGUGAAUUUGUGCGCACUCUCAAUGGGCACAAGCGAGGCAUUGCCUGUCUCCAGUACAGGGACCGUCUGGUGGUCAGUGGAUCAUCAGAUAAUACCAUCAGGCUUUGGGAUAUCGAAUGUGGUGCCUGCUUAAGAGUCCUGGAGGGACAUGAAGAAUUGGUCCGAUGUAUCCGGUUUGAUAACAAGAGAAUUGUCAGCGGUGCCUAUGAUGGGAAAAUUAAAGUUUGGGACUUGCAAGCUGCUCUUGACCCUCGAGCCCCAGCCAGCACAUUGUGUUUGCGCACAUUGGUGGAACAUUCUGGUCGUGUGUUUCGGCUACAGUUUGAUGAGUUUCAGAUCAUCAGCAGCUCCCAUGAUGACACUAUUUUGAUUUGGGAUUUCUUAAAUGUGCCUCCGAGUGCCCAGAAUGAGACACGUUCUCCCUCCAGAACAUACACUUACAUCUCCAGAUAACAGUCUGCACUUUCACCCUUUCCAGUUUUUUUUAAAGUUAAAAAACAAAAACUACCAUCCCACCACCAACAAAAUACUCAAGAUCUCUCUUCCUCUGACUGCCAAGUCUUCCUGUCACCUCUAUUCCCUCAAGGAUGAAUCAAACAGCAGUUUGCUCAGAGGGUCCCUAACGCCCCCCCAUACAUGAGGCUCAGUCCAGUAUAGCCUGAGAAGCCAGUCCUUGGCUCUAAGUCACUAGAACCACUGGGGAUGCGAUGAUUUGAUUGCUGCUCUUAAAAUUUGAUUGUUCUAGGUUUUUAAAUUAUUUUUUUAAAUGUCAUCAUAUUCUAGGAAGAUGUUGGUUGGAUUAUAAUCUGGACCAAACAAUAUAAGGAUUAUUUUGGGGAUAAUUUGUGUCUCAGCAGGUGUUGAGUCUUACAAUCCAUAAACAUAGUUAUAUUUCUAAUUUAUACCUUUACCUUCACUAAAGCAUUGUUUUGCAGUUUUUAGAAGUCUUGGACACUGUUAUAUUGAUUCUGCUUUUUCUUUUCUAAUGGGAACUUAAAACUAUACAUUUCCGUCUGUGCAUUUCUUCAGAAUGCAUCUUAAUCCUUUUAUUUUUGCACAUAAAAUAGAACAUAAGAAUAUAGAUUAUAAAAGAAGCAUGUAUGAUAGUACAUGAACAGCUGUAGUUGGACUUCUGAAAUGAAUAGUCUUGGAAGUAGGUGUGUCAUGAAACGAUUUAAUUGUACCUUUGAAAUUUAAUUUGUAUUUGUAUUAUGUUUGUGUCUUUGUACUCAGUUUAUUAAAGCGGCAUGUGGUGAUAUCCAAAACAUCUAUACACAUUUCAGUUAUACUUAACAGAAAAUUUAUAAACAUAGUAAACUUUCACAAAUUGACAUUUGCGUAUUACGAGCAGUGUUCUUAGGGUUGAGGGAUGAGGCAGUAGUUGUGGCUGUGAUAGAAAGGAAACUUAAGUUACUUGUUUCAGAUGCUUCUCCCAUCUCUUUUUUUGGAACCUAAGAAUAAGUACCUUGUUAUGAUCCACAGUUACAAGUAAGCCUUAAGAAGUUUUUAAAGUUUACAUGCUUUAUAAUGUAAUCAUUUCCUAUAAACCAGAACAAGCAACGAAACUACAAAUGUGUUUGUCUCUUCAAAGUGAGUUAGAGAAUCUCAGCAGUCAGCCUUACAGAUUUUGUUGUUUGCCAAAUUCUUUUCUUUGAUUGAAACAUGAAACAGUUAUCACCAAUUGCCUAAUAAGAAGCACUUCCUUAAUGAUGAUUUAACCUUGUAGUAAAAUAUUGACCCCUAAAAUUAUCAGGGAAGACUAUUUCUGUGUUAGGAAAUGUAGCAAUAGAUUUUACAAAAAUUUAUUAACCCUGAAGAGUUGUAUAUAUAGUAGCACAGAAUUUAUCCUGCUCUUUCUUAGUAUAAAAUGAUGAUGAAUGAGAACAGUAUAUAAGCCAAGAGAAGAAAGUAAACUCCUACUUGUGGUUCACCAUUGUUAACUCCUUUAGUGUAUAUCAUGCCAGCUCCUUUAAUAUCGUGGUUUAUAACUACUUUUAAAAAAUGCAUCCCCUCCAUAUUAGAAAAUUGUUACAUGUUAGCAAUGUCAGUAUUUUUCUAAAUUAUAGUUCCUAAUUGCCAAAUAUUGUUCAGUUGUUUGGACUAAGCCCUGUUGUUAUAUAUUUAUGGUUUCCCUCUUCUUAUCUUUUAAUGUUCAUUUGUCUUACUUGGUAUUUGCCCCAACCUUAAGUUGCUGUCCAGAAGAGUAUACAGCUCCAUUCACUCCCAUCAGCAGUAUUGGGAGUACACAGUUCUUACCUCUGGGUAUUGGCAUUUUCAAAAGAAUUCAAGUAAUCUUAAAUAUAGUUAAUGGGAAAGCAGUAAGGAAUGAAACUUAAUUUUUCUUGAAUUUAUUAAGUGAACGUGUUAGGAUUCUUGUUCUUUAUGUAAAUGACAACCUUUGGGAAAGUUAUCUUUUAAAAAUCAUACAGAAUAUUAAGUUAAGUGUGGUGUUGCACACCUAUAAUCUGAGUACUCAGGAGGUUGAUUUAGGAGGACUGCUCCAAGUUGGAGGCCAGUCUGGCUACACAGUGAACUAAGGCCAGCCUAAACUACACAGCAAGACCCGGUCUCAAAAAAACCAAAAAUAAACCAACACUAAACAAGCAAAUAAGUAAAAUAAAAAUCAUACAUAAUUUUUAAAAGUUUUUUCCCCCGUCUUAAUUUAUACUUCAGGUGACUAGAUUUCUCAGCAAACAGCUUUGUGCAGAGUAUGGAAAGGGUUGUGACCCAUCAGUGAUUGUGAAAUAAUUUGAAUGGGUUUUGACUUUGUUUUGAUUUACAGCAGAAAUAUCAGCUAGCGUUGUUCAUAGUCAUGGUAAACAUUGUCUGAUGACUGUUCUGUUGCAGGGGUGUAUAUGUGUCUCUGUAUGUGUACAUAGUGGCAUACAUGGGUGAAUGUAGAGAGAUGGUGAUUAAAAUGUGUUUUUGAUCCAGGCCAUAUUCAGAAUAUGGAACAUUCCAUAGUCUUCCCUGUAGCCUCAACAUUUGUUCUUUUAAAAGUGAUUUUAAAAAGUAAUUUCUGAUUACAAUAUUCACAUUUUAUUUAGAAGGGAUAGUUUGUUUCUUUUGCAUACUUUAGUUCCACAGUGAUAGGGCUCUUCUGAGGAUAUGCAGUGGUCCUGUUACAUGCCCUGCUUGUCAUAAAGAUUGUACUAAAUAUGAAACCUAGCAUUGAGCAUAUCUGAUACAUAUUUUUAGUAAAGCAGUAAAAGGUGCCAACUUAUUGGAUCCCUCUCUUUGAAUCCCUGUCACUUAAUGGGUAAUUCGCUGAAUUAAAAACAGAUUUUUUUGACCCUUAUUUUUCUUAUUUGUGAAGUGAGUAUACUGGUAGUUUCUACCUCUUAAGGUUGUUGUGAAGUUUAAAUAAAUGUGGUGCAUUAAAACAA